CCUAAUCCGCUCUCCCUCUCCCUGCGUACAGUCGCCGCCACCCCUCUGUGCUUCGCCGGCGUCGGCGAAACUCCGGCCGUCGAGGACUCUCUCUCUAAGUUGCAAUCGGGCCCAAGCCAUCUUAACACCCGGCCGCGCCGCACCGGAGCCUCGCCGCCGGCCUCUGGGAGGUCCAGCGACCAUCCUUCGGCGGCCUGGGCGAGGCCUACACUUACCCAGAUCCAAGGCUUGGACCCAGUUGUGGAGGCUUCGGGUUGCGGCUCCGGAUCCGGCACGCCACCGCUCUCCGCCGCCACCGCCGGCCUCCGUGCGGUCCAGAGACCCCCCAUCGGUCGGCCGCCGUCGCCCCUCGUCUCCUUGCUCGGCUAGCCACCUGAACCCGAGGAACAUUUAUGUGGGCAGGCAACUCCCCAAGCGCCGUCGUCGUCGCCGUUGCCACCGUCGCUUCCUGCCGCCGGCCGAGGGGAGCACGGGGUUCCCCUCCCCCUCCGCGGCCAACCCCAGCCGUCGCGCCCGCCGGCAGGCCACCGGCAGCCGGUCGUAGCCCCUGUGCCCCCUGCUUGACAGCAUAAGGCACGGUUUUGCUCCGUUCGCAGCUUCUGGCGAUCCGAAGCUCCUCGACUAACUUGAAGGUGAGCACGGUGAUCCCCUUGAUCUGUUGAACGGUGUGCCCACCUCCGUUUCUGUCAGCGACCCUCCGUCGCUGAGUUUUGCCCCCCCCCCCCCCCCCACCACUCCCAGAGCCACUUGGUCGCCAAACUUGGAAAAGCUCCACAGUGCUCCUCGAUUGUCGUGCAUGCUCCGGACAGGGAGCACGGUGUCCGGCACGUCGAGACUUUCCAGGCUGUACCCUUGCUUGGAUUCCAAGCCGCGGGAUCAACGGUUUGGAGUUUAUUUACUAUUCCAACCUGGGCGGUUCCAUCAUGGCUCCUCCUGAAGAUGAAGGAAAAGCAUUGGAGGGAAAGCUGGACGAUAAAGAAUUGGAAAGGAAAAUGAAGAAGGAUCAAAAGGCAAAAGAGAAAGCAGAAAAGAAACUAAAAGCUCAACAAAAAGAAGCUGCCAGACUCCAGGCACAAGUGACAUCUGAUGGCUCAAAGAAGAGUGAAAAAAAGCAAAAGAAAAAAGAUGCUGAUGAUGAGAAUCCUGAGGAUUUUGUUGAUCCAUUGACUCCUCCUGGAGAGAAGAAACUUCUUUCGCACCAAAUGGCAAAGCAAUAUAGUCCUAGUGCUGUAGAAAAAUCGUGGUAUGCGUGGUGGGAAGCAUCAGGCUAUUUUGUGGCCGACAACAGCAGCUCAAAACCACCUUUUGUAAUUGUUCUGCCGCCUCCGAACGUAACAGGAGCCCUUCAUAUAGGUCAUGGGCUUACUGCUGCCAUACAGGAUACAAUUAUAAGGUGGAGGAGAAUGUCAGGUUACAACACUUUGUGGGUGCCUGGAAUGGACCAUGCUAGCAUAGCAACCCAGGUUGUCGUAGAGAAGAAGCUAAUGCGUGAAAGAAAAUUAACCAGGCAUGAUAUUGGACGUGAGAACUUCCUGUCUGAAGUCUGGAAGUGGAAAAACCAAUAUGGCGGCACAAUAUUAACUCAAGAACGUCGACUUGGAGCUUCACUUGACUGGUCCCGUGAGUGUUUCACAAUGGAUCAGAAGAGAUCAAAUGCAGUUACCGAGGCUUUCGUUAGGCUAUACAAAGAAGGUUUAAUUUACAGGGAUAACCGCCUUGUUAAUUGGGACUGCACCUUACGAACAGCAAUAUCUGAUAUUGAGGUUGACUAUAAAGAAAUUAAAGAAGAAACUUUGUUAAAAGUUCCUGGUUAUGACCGUCCAGUUCUGUUUGGUGUAUUGACAUCAUUUGCUUAUCCUCUUGAAGGAGGAUUGGGUGAGAUUAUAGUUGCUACAACCAGGAUAGAGACAAUGCUUGGUGAUACUGCAAUAGCUAUUCAUUCGAAAGAUGAGAGAUAUAAACAUCUACAUGAAAAAUAUGCAAUCCACCCAUUCAAUGGGAGGAGACUUCCAAUUAUAUGUGAUGAUGAGCUUGUGGAUCCUACUUUUGGAACUGGGGCUGUCAAGAUUACACCUGCUCAUGAUCCGAACGAUUUUGAAGUAGGGAAAAGGCAUAAGCUUGAUUUUAUUAAUAUUUUUACUGACGAAGGGAAUAUAAAUAGUAAUGGAGGCUUGGAUUUUGAAGGAAUGCCACGUUUUAAAGCUCGUGUAGCUGUUACUGAGGCAUUGCAGGCAAAGGGUUUAUACAGGGGUUCUCGGAAGAAUGAAAUGAACCUUGGCAUUUGUUCGAGGAGUAAUGAUGUAGUAGAGCCAAUGAUUAAGCCACAGUGGUUUGUCAGUUGUGACAGUAUGGCGAAGCAAGCUCUUGAAGCAGUAAGGUGCAAGAAAAUUGAGAUUAUUCCACAGCAGUAUGAGCAAGAUUGGUACCGGUGGCUGGAAAAUAUUCGGGAUUGGUGCAUUUCGAGGCAGCUUUGGUGGGGUCAUCGAAUUCCUGCUUGGUACGUGACUAUGGAAGAUGACCAGCUUAAAGACACGGGUUCUUAUAAUAACCACUGGGUGGUUGCAAGAAACGAGGUGGAAGCGCUUUCGGAGGCAAAAGAGAGGUUUUCAGGAAGGAAAUUCCAAAUCAAUCAAGAUCCUGAUGUAUUAGACACGUGGUUUUCUUCUGGUCUCUUUCCAUUAUCGGUACUUGGUUGGCCAGAUGAUACAGCUGAUUUUAGGGCAUUCUAUCCUACUUCUCUCCUUGAGACUGGGCAUGAUAUUCUCUUCUUCUGGGUCGCUCGGAUGGUGAUGCUUGGUAUGAGACUUGGUGGUGAUGUGCCAUUUAGAAAGGUUUAUUUGCACCCCAUGAUUCGUGACGCGCAUGGCCGGAAGAUGUCCAAGUCUCUAGGCAAUGUUGUUGAUCCCCUCGAAGUAAUAAAUGGCAUAUCACUAGAAGGCCUCCACAAACGGCUAGAAGAGGGUAACUUGGAUCCAAAUGAAUUAGCCACUGCAAAAGAAGGGCAGAAAAAGGAUUUCCCAAAUGGUAUUGCUGAAUGUGGUGCUGAUGCCCUCCGUUUUGCCCUCAUUGCUUACACUGCUCAGUCCGACAAAAUAAACCUCGAUGUAUUAAGAGUAGUGGGGUACAGGCAAUGGUGCAAUAAGUUGUGGAAUGCCAUAAGAUUCGCCAUGGGCAAGCUAGGGGAUAACUAUACACCCCCCUCAACUAUAGUGGUGCAUUCAAUGCCAUUUGUGUGUAAAUGGGUUCUAUCUGUUCUCAAUAAAGCUGUGGCCAAAACUGUAUCAUCUUUAGAAUCAUACAAGUUUUCUGAUGCAACUACAGCUGUAUACUCAUGGUGGCAAUUCCAACUUUGUGAUGUUUUCAUUGAGGCUAUCAAACCCUUCUUCUUUAAUGAUCCAGAAGAGUUUAAGUCUGCUAGAGAAGCUUCUAGAGAUGCUUUGUGGAUAUGUUUAGAUACUGGUUUGCGUCUUCUACAUCCAUUCAUGCCGUUUGUUACAGAAGAGCUGUGGCAGCGGCUUCCUCAGGCGGCAGACACUUGCAGGAAAGAUUCUAUAAUGAUAUCAGAGUACCCUUCUAUUCGAGAGGAAUGGACAAAUGAGCAGAUUGAAAGUGAGAUGGAGAUUGUUAUAGGCACCGUGAGAAAGCUAAGAUCUCUUCGCCCAGCAAAUGAUAAAAAUGAAAGAUAUCCAUCUUUUGCUCUUUGCCGAGGAAGUGAUAUUGCUGCCAUCAUGAGAAGUAAUGAGUUCCAGAUUGUGACUCUUGCUUCUAUAUCAUCUCUGAAGAUCCUUACUGAGGAUGACGCUCCUCCAGCUGGGUGUGCAAUUGAUGUGGUGAAUGAAAAUCUAUCAGUGUACCUUCAACUUCAAGGUGCUCUUAAUGCAGAAGCUGAGCGCGAAAAGCUCAGGAAAAAGAGAGAAGAUAUCCACAAGCAGCAGUCUAUUCUAUCGCAGAAGAUAAAUGCUUCAGGCUACAAGGAGAAAGCACCACAGAGUGUUCAAGAAGAAGACAUGAAGAAGCUCAACUCUCUAAUGGAAGAGCUGAAUAUCAUCUCGGAAGCUGAAAAAGAUUUAGAUCAGCUGAUAGAUGGAGGAAACUGAAAGGAUGGACGUUUUACGGGCAAUUUCUGUCUUAUUAAACAUUCAUAUAACAUCAAAAUUUUGUGAUCGUCUUAUUGGAAUUUCUCUUUAUGUAAUUUUACCGGAAUUAAUGAUGCUUUUCACUAAUUGUCGGCAAGGCGUGUUUUACCUCUUCUCCUUUUAUUUAUAUUAAAUGAUUGUAUGUAGACAGCAGUGUUUGUGGGUAAUGUAACUUCAAAAAUUGCUUUUGA